CUCUCUUCUCUCUUCUCUUUCCCCCCUUUUCUUAUUCGUCUCCAGCUCAACCUCCUGCGACACCCUCACCUCAGUACAACUGUAUUCCUACUGUACAUAUCAUGUGAAAGCUUUCACCUCUUCGGUUAAAUAUACAUACGCAGAGUUACACCUUCACGUAUCAAGCUGCAAUCAGUGAAAAUGAAAAUUACUGUGUAAGCAACCCGUAACCGGAUAUCACCGGUUGGUUGUGAGAUUUGUCAUACAAAAAGGUUGGUGUCUUGGUGAUCUUCAGAUAGAUAUCAGGGAAGGGCAAAAAGUAUAUGAAUACAAGUCCCUUCUUGGUUCUCUCUGCACAUAAUCACAAUCCAUUCUCUCUUUUCGGAUUGCAUCUUAUCCUUAAUUAUCCGAUACUCUUGAGUCUUGAGGGGAAAAGUUGGAUUUUUUUUUUUUGGGAGAAAUGGAUUUCGAGGAUCAAGAAGAGCAAGAAGAAGAGAUGGGCAUGGAGUCACUGGGGAUAUCUCCGCGAGUGAAAAUGCCGAGCUCUGCGGGUGCAGGAGAAGCUAUGGUGUUGCCUCAACCCGCAAGGAACUAUUAUAACAGUAAUAGCAAGGGAAGGUACAGAGAGUGCUUGAAGAACCACGCGGUGAGUCUCGGCGGACACGCGCUAGACGGCUGUGGGGAGUUCAUGCCGGCCGGAGCCGAAGGCACACUCGACGCUCUCAAGUGCGCCGCCUGUAACUGUCACCGUAAUUUCCACCGCAAAGAGACCGAACCAUUUUUGUUAACCCCGCAUCAACACCACCAGCCGCCGCAGUUCGCUGCAGCAUAUUACCGAGCGCCGGCGGGGUACUUACACGUGGCUGGGCACCACAGGGGAGGGCCAACGACCCUGGCGUUGCCGUCUACAUCGGGAGGGGGUGGAACGCAGAGCACGAGAGAUGACCAAGACGACGACGCUUCGAACCCGAGCGGUGGAGGAGGAGGAUCUUCGAAGAAGAGGUUCAGGACCAAGUUCACGCAGGAACAGAAGGAUAAAAUGCUGGGACUUGCAGAGAGAUUGGGAUGGCGGAUUCAGAAGCAAGACGAGGAACUGGUCCAGCAAUUCUGUGACGAAGUUGGAGUGAAGCGUCAGGUUCUUAAGGUUUGGAUGCACAACAACAAGCACACUGUGGGUAAGAAGCCCUAGAAUAAUAUCCUCAAUUAUAUUCUUCCAUCAGUGUCUUCACCAGAAACUCACGAAAAUUUAGUCCCAGUUAGCAGUUUCAAAAAGUUUGAGAAUUAAGCCUAGUAUCAUAGGGUUUCAUUCUUCUUCUUCAACUCAUUUCUUGCUGGGGAAAAACCUGGGAUUUGACUAAUCUCUUGGUUGUGUGUUAGUAGUAGUGUUUGAAUUAAAUAUCAAGUACUUACUGACAGCUUCGCUGGUAUCAGAGUAUAAUAUAUUACGCUGUUUGUGAACUAAA